GACGAAGGGUGAGAUGCUGCGGAGAGUCCGUCUGAGACAGCAAAGACCGGAAGAUGGAUGAGGCGAAGCAAGCGGGGGCCGUUCCUGUGGCCAACCCUGGAAUCGAACCCCUGACUUCUCCUGUAGUACUUGGAGAACUUCAAGUCGGAUCACGACUUGACCAGGGCAUCAUUCAACGGGUCUCUUGGGCGAGUAAUCUUGGGUUCGAACCCAUUCCUGGUCCUGCAACACAUGGGGAACUUCAAGGCGGAUCACCACCGAGGACGAACGAGGCCAAACAAUCGAUGAUCAUGGCUCCUUCAACAACAAACCCUUUGUUCGAGCCUGUUCCCUGGCCUGCACUGCCUGAAGUAGGGGAAGAAGGCGAAGUAAGGGAAGAAGGUGAAGAAGGGGGUGAAGAAUGUGAACAAGGGGAACCGCAGUCGUACAAGGCCAACGACCAAGCAGCUGAGGCUCCUGCGAGUGCGAGUGGUUCAGGCCCUUCAGGGUUCCAACCCAUUCCUGCUUCUGUGAUAGACGGAAGUUCUCAAGAAUUUCAACUUGAAGGCGGAUCAUCACCGGACGAGGGCAAAGAAGCGGUGACUCCCGAGAGCAACCCUGGGUUCGAACCCGUUCCCUCUCUUCAGUGUCUUGCAGUAGACAAACGACUUGAAGGGGAAACACGGGUGCAUGGGCGCUAUGGGCCCAACCAAGGAGAAGCGGCCCCUGCGAGUAAUCCUGGGUUCGAACCGAUUCUUGGUCCUGGAAUAGAUGGAGAAGGCGGACUGCUGAAGACCAACGACAGCAAACACGCUGAGCCUCCUGCGACUAACGCCGGGAUCGAACCGCUUCUCCGUCCUGUGAUGGAUGGGGAAUCCGGAUCGCGGCUCGAACAAGCUGAUUGGAACCGUGCGCAAGGAUCGCGAUCCGUUGCUAUACUCGCGGAGGAGGAUGGGGAGGGGGAGGAUUGGGAUCGGGACCAGACCGUGAGGAAUGUAAGAAAAGUCGGGAGCUUCCCGGGAGAGACCUUUGCUCGGGCCAAAGGUGGGGAGGAGGAGGAGGAGGAGGAGGAGGAGGAGGAGGAGGAGGAGGAGGAGGAAGAAAAGGCAGACGCGAACACAUGCGCGAUGACAGAUUCACUAUGUGCCAUAGAACAAGGAGAAGAAGAGAAUGGAGGAGGAGAAAGAGGACGAGAAGCCAGACGAGGAGGAGGAGGAGGAGGAGGAGGAGGAGGUGGAGGAGGUGGAGACAGUAAAGUGGAGGGUCACGUUUUGCCAGACAAUGAGGAGACAGUUAAGGAGAGACUAGGAUUUACGGGAGAGAGGAAACGUAGGGAAGACUGUGAGAAGGACAGAAUGAAAGCUAGAGAGAGUUUGGAGAAGAGAAUCGGGGAGAGAAUGGGAGAGAGAGAGGGUAUCACAGACAAUGAGACUGUUCUGGUAAAGAAAGAGAAGCUGGUCACUGUCGAGAGAGAGAGGCUGGGUCAAUCAAGGAGGUUGAAAGAGAGAGAGAGAGAGUGGAUAAAGGAGAGAUUCCCAGAGAUAGCCGAUGAUGAAAGCCCAUGGGAGAGUACUCCACCCACUGUCAGUCCAACCACUUCCACCUGGACCACCUCCACCUCCACCUCCACCCCCACCUCCAACCCCACCCCCUCCACCUCUUCCACCGCCACACCAGGUGCAACGCGCGUGAUGAGGACAAGGGGCUCGUCGUUGAGCAGCCUGACGUCGGAGGUUGCAGUCGCGAUCCCGACGAGAUCGAGCAUCGACUGCAGGAUCUGCGGAGGAGAGAGAGGUGAGAUGAUUGAGCCCUGCUCUUGCAGCGGGCCCGCGGCGCGAGUGCACGUGGACUGCUUGCAGCAGUUGAUUCACAGGCGACGACGGGCCAAUGCUCCAGAUCCCGACAAGUGCGAGCAGUGUCGCAGUUAUUAUCGCGUCCGGAUCGAGACCGUCGUCGAUUACAGUCUCCGCCGGCUUUGCUCCACUGACUCCGUCUGCUGCUACGGCGAAUUUAUAGCCAUCGUUGUCACGUUGGCGUAUCUUCUCGUUAUCUUCCUCUUCAUGCUGAGGAAGUAUCAGGGAAAGUCCUAUGUAGCGUAUAUGGCUACCAUCCUUGCCGGAGUAACUGGGGUGUUCAUAGGGGGGUUAACGGUGGUCAAAUUGUACAGAAGUUGGAGGGAGAAAAAUACCGUCACAAUUGUUUGGCCACUCUCACCGCCAAGAGACUUCGUUUAGAGGGAGAGGGGUGGGGUCGGGGAGGGGAGGGGAGGGGAGGGGGGGGAGGUUAACCAAAAAAAAAAAAGCCGCGAGGGAACCCCGUU